GAGUUUCAAAUUAAAAAAGAAGCGGGCACGAAGCAUAAGGUAGUAUGUGCCAAGUAAAAUAAACGUAGAAUUUAUAGCUUUUGAUGACAUUUGUUUGACAUUUUAUAACAUCCAAUCAAUAGAUAUGCAGUGUUUUAAAUUAAAAAUGUCAAAAUAUUUUAGAUUGUUUGGAUUGUUUUUUUAAAAUUGUAAAUUAUAAGACUUCUAGUUUUCAGUCAUGCAGAACGUUCUUAACACCGUGAAGGGUACUGCUUUGGCUGUGGGUGAAUAUUUAACACCUGUGUUAAAGGAGUCAAAAUUUCGAGAAACUGGUGUCUUAACACCAGAAGAAUUUGUUGCAGCAGGAGAUCAUUUGGUUCAUCACUGUCCUACUUGGCAGUGGGCAGCUGGAGAUGAGUCUAAGACAAAACCUUACUUGCCCAAAAAUAAACAGUUUUUAAUAACUCGAAAUGUUCCAUGUUCAAGAAGAUGUGAACAAAUGGAGUAUUCAGAAGAUUUGGAAAAAAUUAUAGAAUCAGAUGAUGCUGAUAAUGGUUGGGUAGAUACUCAUCACUAUGACAAAGAAAUAGCAGCAACUGAAGACAAAAUAUCAGAAAUGACCCUUGAGAAGGCAGAAAGCAUGGAAGAAGCAGCAUUGAAGUGUGAAGAACAAGACAGCAACUGUGAUGAUGAUGAAGAAGCAGCAGAUAUGGAAGAGUUUGAAGAAAGUGGAAUGUUAGAAGAUGAUCAGGUAGCUAAAGUUGUUAAAUCUUCUGGAGAUUCAGCUAGAAAUUCACAUGAGGAAGGAGAAAUUAUAAGAACUCGAACUUAUGACUUACAUAUUACUUAUGAUAAAUAUUAUCAAACACCUAGGUUGUGGCUCACAGGAUACAAUGAGAAACGUGAGCCAUUAACUACUCAAGAAUUUUUCCAAGAUGUGAAUAAAGACUAUAUUAUGAAGACUGUCACAUUGGAGUCCCAUCCACACCUUAGUGUACCAAAAAUGGCUUCUGUACAUCCUUGUAGACAUGCAGAAGUGAUGAAAAGUAUCAUUGAAACUGUAACUGAAGGUGGAGGGCAAUUGGGGGUUCAUAUGUAUUUAAUCAUAUUUUUAAAGUUUAUGCAAUCCGUAAUACCUACAGUUGAAUAUGACUAUACCCAAAAUUUUACCUUAUAAAAGUGUACAAAUUAGUUUCCAACCAAGCUACUUUUAUGCACAUUGAUAUUUAAUUUUUAGAUUAUUACUAUAUAUUUUUUAUAUUUUUAGACCAUAUUACAGGUUGUAAAAUAAACUAAAUUGCUUUAUCGAUUUGUUUAUUUGUAAUUUUUCAAUUAUAUAAAUAUUUUUUUGCAAGAAA